AUGGUUAAGGAUUCUAAAUAUUACGAUCUACUUGGGGUCUCUGUGAGUGCCACCGAGAUCGAAAUCAAGAAAGCUUAUAGAAAAUCUGCUUUGAAAUACCAUCCGGAUAAGAACCCUAGCGCGGAAGCAGCUGAAAAAUUCAAAGAAGUGUCAUCGGCGUAUGAGGUGUUGAGUGAUUCGGAAAAACGUCAGGUUUAUGAUCAGUUUGGUGAGGAAGGUUUGAGCGGUGGGGCUGGGGGAGCUGGUGGUUUCGGCGGGUUUGGUGGAUACGGCGAUGAUAUAUUUUCGCAGUUCUUUGGCGGUGCACCAGGCGGUGGCAGGCCUCGUGGUCCUCAGCGUGGUAGAGAUAUCAAACAUGAGAUCGCUGUUACACUGGAAGAGUUGUACAAGGGUAGGACUGCCAAGUUGGCUUUGAACAAGCAAAUCUUGUGUAAAGGCUGUAACGGGCGUGGUGGUAAAGAAGGUGCUGUUAAGAAAUGUUCCAGCUGUAAUGGACAGGGUUAUAAGUUUGUCACUAGACAGAUGGGACCUAUGAUCCAGAGAUUCCAGACCGAGUGUGAAGCCUGUGCAGGUACGGGUGAUAUCAUCGACCCUAAGGAUCGUUGUAAGAGUUGUAAUGGUAAGAAGGUGGCCAAUGAAAGGAAGAUUCUUGAAGUUCACGUUGAUCCGGGUAUGAAGGAUGGUCAAAAGAUUGUUUUCAAGGGCGAGGCAGAUCAAGCUCCGGAUGUUAUACCAGGUGAUGUGAUCUUUGUUGUCUCUGAGAAACCACACAAGAAUUUCCAGAGGGUCGGCGAUGACCUUGUGUACGAGGCAGAGAUCGAUUUGUUGACUGCAGUGGCAGGUGGUGAAUUCUCCUUGGAACAUGUUUCCGGUGACUGGUUGAAGGUUGCUAUUGUUCCUGGUGAAGUUAUCUCUCCAGGUAUGCGUAAAGUCGUCGAGGGUAAAGGUAUGCCAAUUGCUAAAUUUGGCGGUUACGGUAACUUGUUGGUCACUUUCAAGAUCAAUUUCCCACCAAAUCACUUCACAUCCGAUGAAAACUUGAAAAAGUUAGAAGAAAUUUUGCCUCCAAGAGCAAAGACCACUAUUCCAUCAAAGGCUCACGUCGAGGACUGUGUCCUAUCGGAAUUCGACGCGGCUAAAUAUAAUAGACAGAAUGGAAGAGGUGGACAAAGCUAUGAUGAUGAUGAUGAUGAUGAACAUGGUGGCGCUGAAGGUGUCCAAUGUGCAUCUCAAUAA